GCAAUAACAGGGUAUACUACGAAGACUGAUUGCCACUCUCUACUCUUCUCUCUAUUUAAUUCCAGCAGUGCCAGACCUCUGCCAACAAAUAACCCGAACUGUAUGGAAACAUUGAUCAAGAGACGCUAAUGCUGAAUCUGUGGCAUAAAUAAUAACACAAGCACUGUAAUACCUGUGUGCUCCUGUUUACAAUUUACCCGGAGAUGGUCGUUUCCUGCCAGACGGUCUAGCCUUCAGUGACAACAAGGGCCCUGGCUAGACUGCAACUUUCAACUUGACCUUGGCCUCCAGCCUCUUGGGGAAUUCUAAAAGAGCUGCUAGGCUCCAUGUAGGGCGUGCUAUGACAGCGUCUUUACUCCUCCAUUCCCGCUGGAUUGACCCGGUGAUGUUUCUCUAUGACAACGGCUUGGAUGAUAUGAGCAAAAACAUGGAAGGAUUUGUGGGAGGCAAUUUUGCUGCAAAUCAGUGCAGGAAUCUUAUUGCCCACCCGUCUUCUUUGGCCCCGAGCACAUACUCGUCGAGUGAGGUGCCAGGGUCGGGCAUGGGAGAACCCGUCAAACAAUGCAGUCCAUGUUCGGCCGUGCAGAAUUCUCCCAGUGCGUCUUUGCCCUAUGGAUAUUUUGGCGGCAGCUACUACCCGUGUAGGAUGCCCAAGUCCUGUCCGCAGCCCACCUCCUAUGGGGAAAAAUACAUGGACACGUCUGUUUCUGGAGAGGAGUUCCCUUCUCGUGCUAAGGAAUUUGCCUUCUACCAGGGUUACUCGUCUGGCCCUUACCAGCCUGUACCGAGUUAUCUCGACGUGCCAGUCGUACCUGCCCUGAGCGGCCCUGCGGAACCGAGACACGAGUCUCUUCUGCCUGUUGAAACCUACCAGCCCUGGGCUAUAACGAACGGGUGGAGUAGUCCGGUGUACUGCCCGAAAGACCAAACACAGUCAACAACCUUAUGGAAAUCGUCUAUUCAAGAUAAUGUGUCAGGGACCGAUGGAGCGUCGGUGCGUCGUGGGAGAAAGAAGCGGGUUCCCUACACCAAGGUUCAAUUGAAGGAACUAGAACGAGAAUAUGCCACAAAUAAGUUCAUCACUAAGGACAAACGAAGAAGGAUAUCUGCUCACACAAACCUGACCGAGCGACAAGUGACCAUCUGGUUUCAAAACAGGAGAGUGAAAGAGAAGAAAGUGGUCAACAAGUACAAGGCCAUCAGUUAGGCUUUGGGGGGGAAAAAUGUAAAACUGAAAUACCAAAGCGGUAUAAAUGGAAGGACCUUCAACAUUAUUUAUUCUGAAAUCCAUUCCAUCAUCUGCUCCACGUCACGAGAUUAUGCGGAGAUGCGGGAAAAUAAUGUGUAGCUACAUAUUGCCAAUACACUGACUUUGUUUAAGCGAAGAUACUGCUCAAGAACAAUAUACCCAUAUUCACCACUUGAUUUUUUUUUUAAAUUCUUUUUAAUCUAUUGCUUCGACAGAAACACGUGGGAGGAUUGUAAAUUCAACUCAACACAGUGAACGAAAAUCAGUGAAGUAAACAGACAAAACCAUGGCAAUUCGUGUAUUUUUUUUAUUUGUACACAUCACGUUUCCAUAAAAAAACAACUGAACCUAUCAGACUGUAUAUAUGCAUGCAGCGCCAACUGUACACUAAAUUUACCCCAAGACUGUUUCGAGAUUUUCUUUUCUUUCUGUUUUUACCCAUGCGCACAUUUGUAAAUAAAAAGUCGCUUUCAUGCACCUGCGAAAUAUACAAAUUCGCAUGUGUUACUGCAGACACUAUGCAAAUAAAACUCCCCAUUUUAAGUGAUGUA